CUAUGUUGUUUUAGUAUUGUUUAAAAACUGAAAUAACGAAUUUGUAGGUGUCUGGCCGCUGGUGCCUGGUAUCAUAUUCAUUAUUCUAUACCAAAUAAUUAAAAUGUUCAUAAUUAAAAACUAAAAGUAUCAGUCUUCACUCAUCAUUCAUCAAUGGUUACUGAUAAAUAGACAUCAACUUCUAAGAUUAGUACCUAAUAUUUGUAUGUAAGUGUUUUUAGCAUUAUUUUUCAUUAUGGAUUCAGUAAGAGUAGCUAUCCGAAUACGUCCCCUUGUCAAAUCUGAAUUGGAGCGUGGAUGCUCUAAUUGUGUAUUAGGCGAUCCUAUUAAUCAACAGAUUAUAGUUAACAAUAAUGCUAAUUUGACAUUUACGUUUAAUUAUGUGUUCACGCCAGAACACUCACAAAAUCAAGUGUAUAAAUUGGCAGUUGAAGAUUUAGUUCAAAAAUUGUUUAGUGGUUAUAAUGUUACUAUCUUGGCAUAUGGUCAAACUGGAUCUGGUAAAACUCAUUCAAUGGGUACAAAUUUUGUUGAAAAUAAUGAAGAAGAGAAAGGUAUUAUCCCUCGAGCUAUUCAAAACAUUUUUGACGAAGUUCAACAACGUACAAGUUCAAAUUGCACAAUUAAAGCAUCAUUUAUUGAACUUUACCAAGAACAAGUUUAUGAUUUAUUAUCUCCUAAUCGAUCAAUUCUCGACAUUCGAGAAGAUGGUAGAGGAAUUUGUAUUCCUGGGUUAACUGAAAUAAGUGUGAAUGAUUUUGAUAGUACGCUCCAAUGUUUAACACUGGGUUCGAGUGGCCGUGCAACCGGAGCUACUGCAAUGAAUGCUCAGUCUUCCCGUAGUCAUUGCAUAUUUACUCUAACUAUAAGUCAGAUGCAAGAAGACGGAAAUAAUACAACUGCAAAAUUCCAUCUUGUUGAUUUAGCAGGCUCUGAAAGAAGCAAAAAAACUAAAGCUACAGGAGAAAGAUUCAAAGAAGGUGUAAAUAUUAACAAAGGACUUUUGUCCCUGGGUAAUGUUAUAACAGCCUUGUGUGAAAAAUCUGCUCAUGUCUCAUAUAGAGACAGUAAACUAACUCGAUUAUUACAGGAUUCAUUAGGUGGAAAUUCUGUUACUUUAAUGAUAGCUUGCAUAAGUCCCGCUGAUUAUAAUAUGGAUGAAACAGUUAGUACAUUACGUUACGCAAAUAGAGCACUACAAAUUAAAAACAAACCUGUUGUUAAUCAAGAUCCAAUUACAGCACAAUUGACGGCACUUUCAAAAGAAAACCAUGAGUUGAGACUAAAGAUUGUAGCGAUGGAAGCUAAUGGUGUCAAUAAUUGUCCACCUGAACAUGAUAAUUUACAAAAGACUAACAAAGAACUUCAAGAUAAAUUACGGUCCAUGAGCCAAGUAUUGAGCGAAUAUAUGACUCAAAGUGCAUCACUUAACAUGAAAGCUUUAAUGGCUGAAACUGGACGCGAAACAAUGAAAAAACAUCUUCAUGAACUAAUUGUCGAUCUUGAAAACGCAUUAAAAUCAAACAGCAUUGAAGAAUUUAAAAACAUUAGACAAAAACUUAGCUAUAUACUGGAUGAGCAUAAUCGAACAGAAGUAGAGAUAUAUAGUGACGAUUACGUAACUGCAAAUGAAGAUAUAGAUGAUGAAAAUGCCGAAAUUGACAAUGAAACUGAUCAGACUAAAGAACAAAUGGUUAUGGAAACAAUUCAAUUAAAUCGUGAACUAAAUAAACUUAAUAAAGAACUAGCUAUGAAAGAACAUUUAGCUGCAAAACUUAUAGAGUCAGUCUCACAUAUUGGUGAAUACUGUCCAGAAGAAGACACUGAAGAACUAAAAAAUAAACUUGAACAAUUAAAACAAGAACGAGAUCAGUUAGAAGAAGCCCUUAAAGCGGCUCAUACUAAUAAUAUAAGUACAAAAUUGUCUGAACAAAGAAGGAAAAAAUUGCAAGAGUUGGAACAAAAAAUUGCAAGUUUAACAAAAAAAUGUUUAGAACAAGAUAGAAUUAUCAAAAUGAAAGCCAAAAACGAUCAAAAAGUUGAACACUUGAACAACGAAAUAAAAAGUAUUAAAGUGAUGAAAGUGAAGUUAAUUCAACAAAUGAAAAGUGAAAACGAAAAAUUUAGACAAUUUAAAUUAGAACGUGAUAGAGAACUUUGCCGACUUCGAGAAAAUGAACGUAAGCAAAAAAAUCAAAUGAUUCGUAUGGAACGUCUACAUGUUCGUCAGCAAACUGCAUUAAAGCGUAAACUUGAAGACGCAGCUAAUGUUAAUAAAAGACUAAAGGACGCCUUAGCUGUGCGUAAAGCUAUUGAAGUUAAACGUGAUGAAGCAUUUAUGCCCAAAGCUCAACGUAUACAAAAAUGGGUUAACGAAGAAUUAGAUGUUUUAAUGAGUACAGUAGAUGCUGAAAAAACAUUGGAACAAUUGGAAUUGGAUCGGGAGACUAUUUACAAAAUGAUGCAGAGAUGUGAAGAGCAAUUAGAAACUACAGGAUUAACUGAUGAAUUUAAAUUUGGGCUGAAAAUGGAUAAAAAAGAAAUGACUGAAGAAUUGCAGUUGAGAUCAUCACAAAUAAUGGAUCUUAGACAAAAAAUAUUUGAUAGCAAUGAAGAACUUAUGAAGAAAAACCGGUUUGACCACUUGACAACUGUUGCCGAUACUAAAACUGCUUUAAAGCAUGCUUUUCAUGUAGCUGCUGAAAAUCGAAGAUCAACAUUAGAAUUGCAAAAUCAAGUGGAUGAACUUAAAUUUGCAUUACAUGAGGCAAAGGACACUAUUCAGUAUGAAGAGAAGAAAACAUUAGACGUAAUUUCUAAAAAUCAAAAACAGGUCGAACAACUACAAAAGGAAUAUGAAGAUAAUAUUUUAGUUUUGUUGAGACAACUGAAUGAAAAAGAAAAAUCAUCUACUCUUCGAGGAGAUAACAAUGAAUUAUCAGAUCGUUUAAGAAUUUAUGAUGAACAGCUCAGUAAAUUUGAACAGUUACGAGAAGAAUUGAACCAAAAAGACAAAUUGAUUUCAGAUUUACAAAAUUUAGUUAAUAAUGAUUCAAAUAAAUUGAAAUCCAAUCAUAUCAAAUCUCCUAUUACACCAACGAAUUUUACCAUAGAAGAAGACUCCAAGGAAAACUGUGAUGUUGAAAGUACUCCUCUAAGAAGACGUUUGGAUAAACUAAAAAGAGAAAGCCGAUUGUUUGAUAAGUCUGAAGAACGAUUAAACCGUUUGAACUUAAAAAGAAACGCUGAUGGACAGCCAAUGUGUCUAUGUAUUAAGAACUGUUUGAAAAAUAUUUGCAUGUGUCACAAAAAGAAUAUGUCAUGUUCGAAAUACUGCAAAUGUUCGGCGGCAGUUUGUACUAAUCGAAGUUCUUCUCCGAUUCACGAAUCGAUUGAAGAUUCAUCAAGUGUUGUCCUAAAUCAAACUUUUAAAAAACCCAAGACCGAAUUAUUGCCUACGAUACAGGAUGUUGGGCAGGAACCGUACGAUUGAUUUUAGGAGAUUGUAAAUUACAACGGAAUACUUACUUGUUUUUAUAAAACUAUACGACUCUUUUUGCCGUCUUGACUAUAUCCUAUUUCAUCAUUAUUUUGUGUUUAAUUUUACUAAUUUAAUUACUUAAACCAGUUUUAUUAUUAACAUAUUUUUUAUACAUAUUAAACUAGCUAACUUUUGAUGAUGUGUAACUAUUUUUGCAAUAAAUAUUUAACAUAUGAAUUAA